AUGGACGGGUCAUCUGCAGAUCGGCACCUCGAUGCGAACGCAGGUCGUGAAGUUGUCUAUUGCCAUGCCUGCGCCAGAGAAUGGUACCGCGAUGAGCGUGGGUUACUAUGUCCUAGAUGUGGCAGCGAUAUCACAGAAAUCGUAAGCCCAGACAAUGAUCCUCGGGAUUUGAAUGACGACGACGAUUCGGAGCCGGAAUCUCCCCCACUGCGCCAUAGAUUCCCACCCCGGGACCGUGACCACGACCACGACCACAACCAUGACCAUGAUUCAGACCCAGACGAAGCUGAUAUUGAAGAACAUCUUGGAGGACCGAACGGCUUUCAUUUCCGCCGCAGCGUUAGGGGCCGCCCAGGAAUGCAGCACCAUGAUCCCAACGUCGACCCUGUGAUUGAACGAUUUCUCGGGAUGAUUCAGGAUUUCCAGCCCCCGCGACGACCCAAUGCCUACGAACAACGACCGGAGGAGGGCCGAUUUGGAGGGCCGCAUAUCCAUCGCGCUACAUUCACGAAUGGAAGUGGCAGUGCCUCUGUUACCAUCUUUUCUGGCACUGGGACGGGACUCUUUGGACCGGGACCUCCUGGCCAGGAGCGCCACGGCGACCCAUUCCAAACAUUCUUCUCCAAUGUCCUUCGGGAUGUGUCACCUCCCGUAGGAGGCCGGGAGGCAGGAGGUCCUACUCCAGGAUUUGCGAGAGGACUCCAAGAGAUUUUAAACCUGUUUAACCCGGCACAUGCGAUUGCCGGAGAUGCCGUUUAUUCACAGGAAGCUCUGGAUCAGAUCAUUACAAACCUCAUGGAAGCGCAUCCACAAUCGAAUGCUGCGCCGCCAGCGUCAAACGAGGCACUUGCCAACCUGGAUCGAAAGCCCGUAGAUGCCUCCAUGUUGGAAGGUGAAUCAAAAACUGAAUGCACUAUUUGUAUAGACGAUAUGAAGGUGGGUGACCCGGCUGCAUUUCUGCCUUGUAAGCACUGGUUCCAUGAAGAAUGCGUCACUCUCUGGCUCAAAGAACACAACACUUGUCCGGUUUGUCGAGCAUCCAUUGAGAAGCCCGAGGACAGAAGCGGCCCCAACAGGCAUGCAAGUCCACCCCCAAUCUCCACCCAGUCUAGCGAUUCGGAUGAUCUAUAUGGGAGCGGGCUGAACCGUACCGAGCCGCUUCCAAUUCCCGGAGCAGGGCCAUCUCGUCCUCCAAACCAGAGCCAGAGCCGGCUUAAUGAAGCCAUGCGUGGCCUCUCAUCACAACAAGAGCAGCAAGACCGUGAGAGUAUGAGACGUAUCUGGGGCAUUUCUGGAGGCGGUUCUGGGGAUCGCGCCGAACGGGAGCAAGAGCGCGAUCAGCGGGAAAGGGAGAGAGACCGCAUCUGGGGCGCCCCGUCUGCCUACGAUACUUGGCGUGCGCAACGGCGAAACUCGCGAAACUCGCUUUCCCCUACGAGCCCUAGAUUGUCUUCGUUUGCGGAUUAUAGAGUGCGCCCGAGACAACCCAGCCCACCCCAAAGCAGCCGUCGUGAGAGAGAGAACUCGAACGCCAGCACCAGCGCCAACCCUAGUCAACCUACUAGUUCCGGACCCCUUAGUUGGCUGAGGGAGAGGUUCUCGGGAGGAGGCUCCCGAGAUGAGGCUAACCGUGAAGAGCGUUGA